AGCACGUUCUCAUCUGCUUUCAGACUAGAUCUUUCCUUUGUGAGUAUUGAAGUAGGACCAUAUUUAACGAUUCACCAUAAUACCAAUCUGUAUGUUUUCUUUCCUGAACAACUAAGUGGAGAAAAAUUAUACGUUUACUGUGUAUUCCGACCUCGGGGCAAAUUUUUUUUCAUUCGUUUUGUCUCAACCAGUUGAUAAAAAGCACGUACAUCAACAAUGCAGGGUGUUGUCAGGACACCAAGACAAUUGAAUAACAGUGCAUUAAACCAGUGGUUAAAUCAAUCUAUUUCCGAGACCAAUAAACACAGUGGAACUACCGACUGCAUGGCGGAUCCUGUAGGCCGGUGGAUGCAAGAUGUUCGUGUGAUGAUUGAGCUUGAAUGCAUGUGCGUUCUCCAAGCCAAAACAUUCCAAAGCUCGGCUGUAGACAUGGCUAAACUUUCAAGGCAUAAAAAGUCAAAUAUUAUCAGAUUGCGUCAGAAGGUUUGUGAGAUUUCUGCAGAUUUUGUCAAUUUUUACAAUAACUUGGAUUCAACGGAUUUGAAAGAUAUUCGCAAAUUGGCAAUUCGAUUAACAAACCAAAUCGAAAAGUUAGUCAGGAAUUGUCUCGACUUUCUCUACGCACAGUCUGUGCCAUUUAGUAUAUCCGAGAAACAAGAACAGGUUAGAAGACAAAGCAGUAUGUUGUUAUGCCAUAUGGAAAAUUUCAAUAGAGAGGGGUCAUUCGGUACUGGAGUUGUCCCGGUACUAAAGACAUUAAGCAGCCUUGGCCAUGCGUUUGCUGGUUUAGCCGAAACAAUCCAGUCCAAUUUAGUCAGGAGCUUGCUAGAGGACAUACAAGGUUCAGCCAGCAUGUAUCACCUCCGUGUCGCAUUACAAUCAUUACAAAGUUUGACGACUGACUAUAAGGAAAUAAGUAACAUUAUCAUCAAGGAGGAUGGUUUACAGAUCUUGUGUCAGAUAUGUUCUAUAAACAACGUUGAUGCGAUGAAGGUAGAUGCCUUGAGAACAAUUGGAGUGCUUUGUGAAACACAGGAAGCGCGUAUAGAAUUUGAAAAGGCAAACGGAAUACCUGUACUUGCGCACUUGUUGUCAUCCGAAUCGUCAAUUGAGGUGAAGGCAGAAGUAGCUAGAAUCUUAGCGCAAAUUACAUCGCCUAAUGUAGAUAGUAUCCACCACCUCAUUGGUUUUAUAGAAUACCUUGACGAUCUUUUAAGAGAACUCACAGAAUUAUGCAAAUUAGCACCAUCACCUUCAGUUUUUAUGGUGGCGACAGCAGCAAUAUCCAACAUCACUUUCAUGGACAGUAUGUCUUGCGACUACCUAGCAACGUAUAAUACUGCUGAGGCACUUCUUUCUGGGUGUAAAAGUGGCAAAGCAGAGAGUCUGUAUUGCAAAGAUCAGAUUGCAACAACACUUGCAAACAUGGUAUCCUCUAAAGCGUGUCGACAACAAGUUAUCGAUGCAGAUGGUGUCAGGGUAUUAUUAAAUUUACUUGAUGAGGCGGUACUUCCACUCAAGUCGAUCAAUCAAGAAGACUUGCGGAGGAUGCAUGAACUUUGUGAGAGUGUACAACAAAAGGCACUUAUAGCUCUCGGAAGACUUGCACAAACCAAGACUUCUGCUAUGGUUAUUAUAGAGAUACAAGGUGCCAAAAGAUUAGCUGAUUUGUGUUACAAUUCCUUGGAAAGGAACAACAGUGAUUCUGUGCUUCUUGCAAGCCUGGUAGCGCUCCGACGACUUUCCACAUUUAACGCUUCAAGCGGGUUGGACGAUAUGGUAAUUGAACAGCUCAUCAAACCGAGGAUCACAGAUUCUUUCCUCUUUUGCUCAAAGGAAAAGGAAAGCUUUGUAUAACUGGAAGUAAUACAAAUAAAAUCCACUUCCAUUGUUAUUUGUAAAUGUUGGCUUAUAAAGCUGUAACAUGUCAUAACAUUUUGAAUUGUAAUUGCUCAGAAUUGCAAGUAAAAACAAUGAGUUGAUAGUUAUCAUUAAUGUGUACAUCUCAGGAAAGAUCACUUUUUUUAAUGUGAAUAUUUUCUGAAAGUAUUGUAUCAACUGACUUCAAGAAUUAGAUACAAAGCAGUGAAAGUUUAAUAUUUCAUAAAUUUUAUUGAGCAAAAUAAUUUUUGCAUUAAGAUCAGGAACAAAUUAAUUACCUGAUCAUUGAUUCAGAUUUUCACUACACUAUUUAUCCCAAGUAAAAUAAUGCAUCAUUAAUAUACUGAUUGAUUUCUUUUAUGGUAAUCCCUGAUCUAAGAAACCUCAUAAUACGUGAUGAUACAUAAUAAUAAUAAAAAUUGUAUUUGCUUUCUUGUCAAUUAUUUAUCUAAAUGUAAGAUUAUUGGAUUAGCAUUUGGAACAGCAACAUUGUUUGCCCAGGAUAAUUAGAUCAAACUCAUUAAUAUGAAAUAUGAAGUAUUCUACAUUUAUAUGGUGCAAACGAGGGCGCCAUUACAAGCUUUAUGAAUUAAAAUACCUUCAAAAGACAAUUGGCACCACAGCUGUUUAGAAAAGAAUUUACUUUCUUUUACAUCUACAUGGUGCAAAUGAGGGCGCCAUUACAAGCGUUAUGAAUUAAAAUACCUUCGAAAGACAA